CACUGUCUGGAUUGUGGAGUUUUCCAUACUGACAUCCAUCCCGGAAACUUCUUGGUGCAGCAAUCAACAAUGAGCCUGAAGUUAAUUGACUUUGGGGUUGGACAUUAUCUGACGCAUGAGGCAUAUGAUUCCCGUGACUUUAUGGGAGCUCGAUGUUGCACCCCGCCUGAGAUCUACAUGGUUGAGAAAUUCCACGCCGUGCCAGCAAACGUCUGGGCCUUAGGUUCUGUGCUGUACUUCAUGGUGCUUGCAUCUUUCCCCAGUGCUUUAUACGAAUUGAAUUCCAGGAAUCUGAAGACAAUUGAAAAGGAUUUAUCAAAGGAAAUCUGUGAUCUGUUAAGUGGUUGCCUGGCCCUGAAUCCAAGUGAUCGUCCGACGCUCAAGCAGAUCUUAGAUCAUGACUGGUUUAAAACUGAGUCUGACGAAGAAGAGCUACUCGUAUACAAAAUGAGGGCACUAUCCACAGAAAAUAAAAAGGAUGAAGCUGAAUGACUGAAGAAGAGGGGAAUGAUUGG